ACCGCAGGCAGGCUACCAACCGAUGCCACAACAACAAAUGGCCCUAUCCAGCCCCGUAUCCUAUGCAUCCACAGCCACCCAUGGCUUAUGGACCACCACAGAUGGUGCCCCAGCAACAAGCAAGAGGCGGCGGUGCGGGCGCUGGUCGAAUGCUGGGCGCCGGCCUCGCUGGCAUGGCCGCUGGGGGCCUGACGGGAUUCGCAGCUGGUGGUGGAUUUAACCCUAAUAACCCAAAUCCGCAAGCGGCUCCCCCGCCACCGGCGGGCGCUCCGCCACCACCGGGCGCUCCGCCACCCUCUGCCGCUCCGCCGCCAGAUACACAGCCUGACGAAGACAAUGAAAUUGACAACUAUGAUGGCGAUGAUAGCUACGGUGGAUUUGAUGAUGCUGAUGAUUAGGGAAAAUUUAUACUUCCAUCAAAUCUCCACACUCCUCAGCCUGACUGUCCUCUAAUAAUACAUAUACUUACAAUAAUACUUAUUAUAUGAGCUUGACGA